AAGACAAUAAUCAGACCAGAAAGGUGAAUUUCGCAGUGAAGAUCUGUAAACAACAACCCCGCUGAGUAUCUACUUCAAAGUUCUAUUGUCAAGAUGUUUGCGCCCUCAAGUCCAACAGGUCAUUGGUGGGAACGGUGGAUGUAAGUCACUACUGAAAGAUAAUGGUAAUGAGCGGUCUAACAAUUAGCAGAGGACGUUCUACGAAGUUGAAUCGCACGAGCCUCCCGGGGACGAAGAUCAGCUUAUCAUUGCUCAUGUCCCAGUCCCGGACAUGGAGAUAGCGGAAUUUCUCCAAACCGGAGUGCCCCCGAAAGGAUAUGUCUAUGUCAUGUGGAUUGACCACUCUGACGGUCAUUCACUUGUCUCUGAAGAUGAACUUGACCUUGUUGAUCGACCCAUCGAUAUUGGAAACUUUGUGAAGCGUAGCCAGACUGACACCAUGAUUGGAAGGGUCAUUGGCAUAUUUGCUAAAUACACCCUUCGACCAAUCGCUUACAGAGAGGUCGACCCGAGAUUAGGGGAACGAGGCCCCGUUAAAUUCACAAAGAAGAAACCAAAAUGGUAUCACCCACAUGAAAUAGACACCUCAAACCCUCCUCUCCUCGAAGAUGUCGAUGAAGAAGACCUAACGAGCUAUGACGACUACUACGCUGGCAAAUACAUCAUAUAUCGGCAGAAAGUUGGCAUCGUCCAAUGGACUAGCCGUGAUGUAGUGCUCAUGUUGCCAAACCAGUCAGUCGUUAUACCACAAGAUCCUCGAGUGGUCGACACGCCACUAGAAGCAGACCCAGACAUAAUUAUAUCCCAGCCACCCAGGUUCUCCAGAGAUCCAUUCGAUGAGGGCCGGUAUAUGCCAGAUUUUCUUCGUGUUCCCGGAGACUGGGUACACACUCCUUUAAUGAAUUUGAAGCGAGGUGAUUGGAUACACGGAAGUUAUUCUGACAACCAUUCUUCUGGAAAUAUUUUGUUCACGGCCACCAAUGAAGUCUCAGUCGAAUGGGUAUGCUCAAAUGUCUUCGCUAUCGGUGCUCCUUCCGUUGGCCAGACUAGCGAGGUUUUAAGAGUGUCUGAUAUUCGAAACGAGGCUAAAGUGUACGAUUUCCUGAAGACUCCUGGCGUUCGUGGAAGCGGUGGCUACCAGCUACAUGGCGCAAGGUUCAUUGGAGAUAUCGUUAGAUUCAAAGACCCUGCAGGGGCGGCAGUGAAGUAUUCACGGUUUGAUCGAAUACCUGCAAGUGAGACUUUUAGUUAUGAUGUCAAUGCUUUUACUAUAGUGUCUUCGAAAACGGAUGUCGUCGUCCAGUGGCAAGAUCUAUCUACCACUACUCAGGCAUCUACAUCUCUCCACAGGCUUUCGGCUCAUGAAGAUGUGAUUAUGCCGGGGGAAAUAGUUGCUUUGAAAGACACAAUCCAGACCAUUCCUAAUCACAGCACCCGCCGAUUUGACCCGUCCACUUACAGUACCAAUUUUGGAGGCACCAAUGCUUCAAUUUUGCAGUUGAACCAGGUUGGAGUGGUCCAGAAUGUGAACAGUCGAGAGCAAGUUGCGUCGAUUCGUUGGUUCAAAGAUCCCCAUGUGGAUCUUCUCUACCAAGGCAAAGUUCUUCGACCGACUUCAGUACUAGGAGAGCCAGGAGAUGAAAGUAAUGAAGUCUCCAUGUAUGAACUUGCGACUUACGACGCCUUACGCUUCAACAUACAGGAGCAAGUAAUAGUUAUCAUAGUACCGGGGAUGGUUCAUUCAUAUAGUCUAGUGAAUACUCCCGAAGAUCCGUCAUCGGCAACUGCUGGCCAGUGCGCGCUCAGUCAUUUAUGGCCUGUCGCAUUUACCUACAUGAACGUGUAUUUAGAGGACAUCAAAAAGGUCAUAGUCAACACGGAGUGGUUCCGACGGUCGGUUAAAGUUGACUACGAUGCGCUACUUGGGGGUACACUCGAGAAUCAAAUGGCACCGUUUGAUACUCACCAACCGCUUGAUUGGGUUGGGCACAUUGUCGAGAUUAAUUUGGAUGGCACUGUCACUGUUCGAUUAGGGGCUCUGGAUCAAUGUCGAGAUAUUCGGCUUCCGCUUGAAAGGGUAUUAAUGGUAGUUGACGAGGACAGCGCUGGGCAAGAUGAUGAAACUGCCGACCUAAUGCAUGCCUUGGUUGACCAAUUUGGGGACGGAGACGACCGUCUCGAAUUCCUUACAGGAUUGGGGCUAUCCCAAUGGAUUCGUGGCCAUCCAGAAAACGAGGACUGGACCACAGAGUCUGAUGAAGAGGAGUCUGAUGAAGAGGAGUCUGAUGAAGAGGAGUCUGAUGAAGAGGAGUCUGAUGAAGAGGAGUCUGAUGAAGAGGAGUCUGACGAAGAGGAAUAUGUGGAAGAAUCGUUUUCACAUGGCUACCAAAUGGUUGACAACGACAACGACGUUAUCAUGGAAGAUGCUCCCCCUGGCGUAGUCCCACCGUCGAGUGAGCACGCCAUCGAACGUUCUACUACUGAGGGCACCUCUAUUUUAGACCCUGCCAGGGUUAACAGCGAUCCUCCAAAGUUUGCCAUUCUAGAUACGCCCCCUCCGUUUGACCACCACUUUUCCCAUACUAAAGUAGUCGAAAAUGGUAAUGCACUUGCGCUACGUCGCAUAACCAAAGAGUACAAAAUUCUUGAGACAUCGCUCCCACCAGGAAUCUUCGCGCGAACAUGGGAGUCGAGAAUGGAUCUCCUACGAGUUCUAAUCAUUGGACCCGAAGGAACCCCCUAUGAAUAUGCACCUCACGUAGUUGAUUUUCAUUUUGACAAGAAUUUCCCGAACCAGCCUCCAAACGCUUUCUUCCAUUCAUGGACGAACUCGAUGGGUCGGAUUAAUCCAAACCUGUACGAAGAUGGGAAGAUCUGUCUAAGUAUUCUAGGAACAUGGUCAGGGAAAAAUGCGGAUGAGAUGUGGUCUCCAAGCAAAUCGACGCUGUUACAAAUCCUAGUCUCGAUCAUGGGUCUUGUGCUGGUCAAGGACCCAUUCUAUAGUAUUUCUUCCCUUAAUAUUCAACUCUUUCCCCUCCCUUGCACUGACACACAUCUAGAUGAAGCCGGAUUUGAGGUAUUUGCAGCGGAAGGAAACCAGCGUGUUGAGAGUAGUCAAUACACCGAAAAAUCAUUCGUGAUGACACGGGCUUUCAUCAAACGCGCACUAGAAAGAUCCGUUCCUGACUUUGAGGAUAUUCUCGCCUGGCAGUAUCUUCCGGGAUCUCAGUCUGAAAAGCGGCCUUGCCUAUUACAGAAGGCGAUCUCAGAAGCUCGCAAGAUGAUUGAGCAUUACAAUUCCGCGUCUGAUAAGAAGGAUGAGGACAGCAUAGUCCCGGCUUCGCCCUUUGUCUCUCGGUUAAGCUUAGGUGCCGUCGUGAUGCUCCGAAAACAUCUCGACGCAUUAGAAAAACUACAGAAUGAUGCAGAGGAGCGUGUUGGCCAACUCUAGAAGGAGGAAACAUUAAGCGUAUAAUGUUGACAUUCAACAGUGCAGCUUUUGAGGAGUAUGAUUACAGGGAGCGCUGGCGCAUGGUGCAUUAUUCUUAUUGCCGUACUUUUUCUUCCGUUAGGACUUUUUCGCGAAUUAAGAUGCCCUGGGAAUAGACAAAAGAAGACUGUUUAGAUAUGAAAUGCAUGAAUUAUGACAAGG